UAUUGUAGCAAUAUAAUGACAAUGGAACGAAAUCUUAACAAAGUUUACAUAAACCCCAAUUUUAAUCAAAGAACUGCAGUAAAUGUUAUGCAAAUACCUACUCAAAAUAACAUGCAUGUUAAUCCGUACAUUUCUCAAGUAGACUCACGAAGUAAUUACGAUCAAUCAUUGAAUCCAACAAAAAGAAGAAUAUUUGUUAACCCCAAUUUUAUACGACCUAAUAAUUUUGUGAAUAAUUCCAAAUCUUAUGCACCCAGUUUAUAUUAUGAGACCCCGCUUUUAAAACAAAAUGAUAUUGAAAAUAGUUCAACCAAUUUUAAUGAACAUAUUGUGUCCUAUCAAAAUAUACAUGAAAAUCUAGAGACAAAGUUGUCACCCGCUGUAACAAAGUCGAGAUAUACAUUGGUACGUAAAAAUGAUAAAUGCACUGCCAACGUUGAAACGAUAAGAACUACCUCCACAGUUAAAAUAAGCAAAUAUAAAACCAUGCAAUUAAGUUUAAUUAAAAAUAACAUAGAACAGCAACCUAAAAAGCCAGAAGUUAAAUUACAAACAACACAAUACAGAAACCAAUCAUUAUCAAAGUACAACUACAUAACAAAGAGCACAUAUCAAAGUUCUAGUGUUAAUAGAACUUAUAUCAAAAUUAACAAACAAACUCCAACCGUAAGAAAGUCGAUUGAAGUUAAGACAAGCAUAAAAAAUCCUAAAGCUAAGAAAACUUUGUUCAGCCCAAAUGUGUCAAUCAAUAGAAAAACAAUAGCGAGAAAAUAUAAAAAGAACAAUAUACCUUGUCCGUUAUUUACUAAAUAUGGAAAGUGUUUGAGAAACAUUCAGGGAAAUUGCGAAUUUUUACAUGAUAAAAAACAUGUCUCUAUUUGCAGAAAAUUUCUUAAAGGAAUUUGCCACGAUACCGCUUGUCUCUUAUCACACGAAUUGAGCGCGAAAAAGAUGCCAACUUGCUAUUUCUAUUUAAAUGGAAAUUGUACUAAAAUUAACUGUCCAUAUUUACAUGUUAAGUUGAACAACAAAACGAAAUUGUGCAAUGAUUUUUUGAAAGGUUAUUGUGAGAAUGGUGACAGAUGUAUCUACAGGCAUGUGAAUAAGGAAGUAAAAACAGCUAUCAAACAAAAUAUGAACCGACAACGUCGUUUUACAUGCUCAAAUACAAUCGUAAUGCCUAAGAAAAUUAAAAUUAAGCCAGUCCUUAAAAAACCUACAGAAAGAUAUAAAUCUGUGUCUGAAACUGAAUGUGACCAAGAUGAAGAUGUAAACUGUAGAUACUUUAAGAAUGAUACUCAAGAGGAUGAACAAAAUCAAACAUGUGAUGUGAUCAAACCGAGCAGAUGUAAACUGGGUACUUUGCCAUCUUUUAUUAAAUUAUAAUUACAUAGUUAUAUUUUUGUACUUUCAAAUAUG